AAUUCAUUUUUAGCGGUAGCCAUCUUGUCUCGCCGGCUGAUUUUUAAUAAUCAAAACUCGUUUUAUAGCAAUAUAUUUACUAAAAUAAUUUUAUCGACCUGUUAGUGCGCUGUAUGACUAUAUUUUCUACCUUAACUUCGAGUGUAUUAUUCAAUAAACAUGAAAAUUAUGCAUUCAAUCAUCAUAAAUGUCUGAGAAUGUGACGAUUAGUUUAUUCAAUUAACUACCACAUAAGUUAAAAUGACCAUAGCCACGAGAGGGCGUACGGGGGAGCCCCUCGAAGAGCCUCCAAAUGAAAGUGACAGUGUUGUUCCGGUGUCUCCCCCAUGUACACCAGAAACAUUCCCUGUUGGAAAAUUGCAAAUACUUGACGAAAAGAUCUCAAAUCCAAGAUGGGUUGUUCCGGUGCUUCCAGAACAAGAACUGGAGUGUUUAUUAAAAGCUGCCAUAGAUCUUUGCAAAGCAGGAAGUGAUACUGAAUCAGAGCACUGCCAGAGGUUUUUUCGAGAAGGACUCACAAUUUCAUUUACAAAAAUAUUAACAGAUGAAGCAGUGAAUGGAUGGAAAUAUAAUAUUCAUCACUGUAUAUUACAAUCAUGUAUAAAAGUGCUGGAAUUGUGUAUAAUUAAAAUGCCACAUGAUUGGUUUCCCUUAUUAGACUUACUGGCAAUGGUUCUUAAUCCCAAUAACAAAUUUCACACUUUCAAUGCAUCAAGGACAAGUGAUACUAUCCCAAAUCAUUUACGUGCUGGCUCUAACAUACCUUCAUCAUAUAUUGGUUCAACUUCAACUGCGGUGUGUACUGAAGACACUUUAGCAAAUGGUAUUUAUGCAAAACCUAGUGGGGACCCAAGGGCACCAAGGGGUUGGCUAGUUGAUCUCAUCAACAAGUUUGGUCAAAUGGGUGGUUUUGAUGCACUGUUAGAACGUUUCAACCGAGGGGCUUGUUUGAUACAGCAACCUUUAUCACAAGUCACAUCUGUUAUGAGUCAAUCCAGUGAUCAAUCAAAUCCUGCCCCUAAUAUUGAUCAACUAGCAUUGCCCACCAGCGAUUAUUCUAGUAGCCUUCCAGUUAGUGAAUUAGAAGCAAAUAAAAGUACUCAUAUUUCUCCCAGUGAAACUAUAGGUCCUGCUAAUUUGCAAACUUCAAAUACUCCUGAGCUAGCAGUUCCACCAGCAUCGUCUCCAGUUGAUAUGCAACAAAGUAUUACAGCUCCAGCAACUUCUAUGAAUACAAGCAGUCUUCUCUCAGAGAAUUUGACUAGUUCUAUGAACUCGAAUAGCCCGUUAGCAAAUAAUUUAUCUUUGGACAAUGCCCGAUUGACGUUACCUGUGGUUCAUGCACUGCUCAAACCAUUUGGACAAUGCCAUGAACUUUUGACUGUUAACACUAUCACAAAGUACCUUAUGCCAAUAUUGGAAUUAGUGCCUAGUAUUUUGGAGUCUUUAUCUGAUGAUGAAUUAAAAAAAGAAGCAAAACUUGAAAGCAAAAACGAUUGCGUAGGAGGAAUUGUUCGUGCUGCUAGGAAUUUAGCUAGAAGAUUAAAUAAACAGGAUGGAUUAGUUAAAGAAUUGGAAAUGUUUCGCUUAAAAAUGAUUCUGCGGCUUCUUCAAAUAUCAAGCUUUAAUGGCAAAAUGAAUGCAUUAAAUGAAAUCAAUAAAGUUCUAUCAAUUGUCACAUCGUAUCCUCACAGAGUUCAUACAUCUGAAGAUGACUUAGAUUGGCUGACUACUGACAUUAUGGCUAAUUGGAUUAAAGAUAAUAAUGUCCUGGAUAUUGUACUUAGAGAUUCAUUACAUCAACCACAAUAUGUAGAGAAAUUAGAAAAGAUUUUGAGAUUUUUAAUAAAAGAGCAUAGUUUGACGCUUACUGAUUUGGAUGCGGUUUGGAGUGCACAAGUUGGAAAACAUGAAGCAAUUGUGAAAAAUGUUCAUGAUUUGCUAGCUAAAUUAGCAUGGGAUUUUAGCGCAGAACAAUUAGAUCAUUUAUUUGAAUGUUUCCAGGCUAGUUGGACAACUGCUAAUAAAAAACAAAGAGAACGUCUACUUGAAUUGAUUCGUAGGUUAGCAGAAGAUGAUAAAGAUGGUGUUAUGGCACAUAAGGUUCUUAUGUUAUUUUGGACACUUGCUCAUUCUGAUGAAGUGUCUCCUGAAGUUCUUGAUCAAGCAUUAUCAGCACAUGUAAAAAUAUUAGAUUAUAGUUGUAGUCAAGAGCGGGAUGCACAGAAAACUGUGUGGUUGGAUAAAUGCGUGGAUGAAUUGAAAAGCGGGGAUCUGUGGACCUUGCCGGCUUUAAAGUUGAUUCGGGAUAUCUGUUGUUUAUAUGAACCUAGCACUAAUGUUACAAAUCAUACCUCUAGACAACAUCAACUGUUGCACAGACAAGAAGUAAUAGACAGGUUGCAGAAUCAACAUAGUCUGGUCAUUUUAGUAACUAAUAGUUUGACUGGGUAUAUGGAUCAUGUUCGGGAAUUAGUUAAUGAAAAUGAUGAAAUUGAUCCAAAUGAAUUGAAAACUGAUGGACGUUAUAAUCACCCACUGCAAAUUCAAGAAAGGUUGAAUUUCUUAAGGUUUUUACUUAAAGAUGGUCAAUUAUGGCUUUGUGCUGAUCAGGCCAAACAAAUAUGGCAAUGUUUGGCAGAAGGAGCGGUUUUUCCAUCAGAUCGCGAAGCAUGUUUUCGUUGGUUUGGAAAACUGAUGGGUGAAGAACCUGAUCUUGAUCCAGGAAUAAAUAGAGACUUUUUCGAAAAUAACCUAUUGCGAUUGGAUCCUACAUAUUUAUCAGAAAGUGGAAUAAAGUGUUUUGAGCGAUUCUUCAAGGCUGUGAAUUUAAAGGAAGGAAAGCUUAAAGCAAAGCGUAGAGGAUUUGUUCUAGAUGAUGUUGAACUUAUAGGAUCAGACUACUUGUGGAGGGUUAUUACAUGCAGUGCGGAGGAUAUAGCUAAUAGAGCAAUAGAAUUAUUGAAGGAAGUAACUACAUCUUUAGGUCCAAGACUACAAGAUUCUCAAGCUAGUUACCAUAGAACAUUUAUAGGGGAAUGUUGUGAACGACUCAAGACUCAUUAUGAUACAGUUUUAAUGCUAACAUCUCUUAAAACAGAAAAAGUGGAUUCUGAUCGUGCUUUAAUAAUAGCUAAAUUAAACAAGGAGGCUGAUCGAAUGUGCAGAGUUUUGAAAGUCAUUCAAGAAUAUGUUAUACAAUGUGAUCAAGGUUUCAUUUUUGAAAGGAGAAUAUUGCCUUUACAUAGAGCUUGCAGAGGUAAACAUAUGACACUAUUUGUGAGGUUUCAAAAUCCUGGAAGACCUGUGGAUGAUAUUGAAAUUUAUACUCAUAGUAAUGAUACGGUAUCUUCUUUAAGAAGACAAGUACUAAGAAGGAUCAAGGCUUCUGCCUCAACGGUUAAGCUAGAGUUAUUUUUGAAUGGAGAACCUUUAGAUGUGAAUAAUGAUAGGCAGACAAUUAUACAAACUGCUAUAAGAGAUAAAACUUAUUUAACUGGAAAAUUAUCACAAGCGGGUACUGGAAUGGCAAGUUCACCAGACAGCAGCAGCGAUAGCAGUACUGGUUCGCCACCGAGACCAGGGCCUGAUCAACCUAGACUUGAUAUUGAAGUUAAUUUACCUGGAGUGAUUAUAUCGAAAAAAAAUCAAUAUGCAGUCUUUUUUCUACAAUUAUCUGAGUUGGGUGUAGUGUUAUGUCAUUCACGACUUCGGGAUUCUGCUAGAAAACUUUUACAUUUAGUACCACCUGAUCUUAUCACUAUAGUUAAAUUACAAUCUAUGUGUGGUCUAGAUGUUCCGAUGCAGGAAAUUACUGAAAAACCAAACUUUGGGAACAUGUUUUUUAAAGGAGGAGUAGCUCAAAUAUUAUAUCAUCUAGAGGUUCUCCAGGCUGUAUUAUUACCGUCUCUAGAACCUUUGGGUGAUGCUGCUUAUGAAGUACAACAAGCAUGGGUAAGAUCUGGUGUCGCUCAUAUGCUUGUAGAACUAUUCACAAAAAAUAACUUUAUGGCAGGAACUGUUGAUACGCAUAUGAAAAGGGCUGCAUAUUUGUGUGUGCUACGUUUAACAAAAUUCUUCUUCAAUAUUGUUGGUAGUGUUUUAUGCAGAGUUGGUGAUGAACCACCUCAUACCAGUGUUGAUGUAAAUUCAUCAAAUUCUAGAUCACAUAUUGCAAUGCUUAAGCAAGCUAUCCAUUCAGUUUCUUCUCAACAGGCAGAACAAUUACUUAGGAGUGUAGCGACAAAAAUUUCUCAAACCUUAUCUGAAAAGAUGUUAAUGGCAGAUAAUGAAGGAGAGCAUUACAGAAUGUUAUUUGGUUCAGCACUUCAAUGGCAGCUUCCUGAUUUAAAUACCAUACGGACCAUUAUUCGAAUGGCCUGGGCAGCCAGCACUGGUUCUUUGCAUUUACUUAGUUCUGGUCAAGAUCUUGGGAAGGAAAACACUCUGCCUGAUGAUCAAGAUAUUCAAGUUUGUAGAGAGGCAUUGGAAGUUUUGACUGUCAGUGUGGUGUUGAAUCCAUCAGCUCAUGAUACCUUGAUGAAUGAACCAUUUUGGUCAGAUUUUAUUAUAAAUUUAGUAUUAGUAUCAGAAUCGAAACAAGUCAGACAAACUGCAGCUGAACAAUUGCUUCUGAUAUCCACAUGGUGCUCUACAGAUAGACAACCGUUAGAUUUUAUCAUCACAUUAUUAAUAAGUGUUUUAAAAACUGAAACACUUCAAUAUGCUCAUCAAAGUCAGGAGUACUUCAUGCUUAUUUGCAGAUUGUUAAAUUAUGCACACAGUUCAAGUUGGCCAAUGAAUGUAGCAUCUGAAUUGUUAAGUAAAGAGAUAUCCUGGUUAAAACUAGUCAGAGAAAACGUGAUAAAUUCUGGAGAUCUACAGGUACAUGAAGCAUUAUUGGAGGGCCACCUAUGUUUAGUUAAAGAGCUGCUUUCUUUUCUAACACCAGAUGAUAAAUCAGAGUUAGGGUGUGGUGAAUCUUCAUCAAUAUUUCUUAUAAAGGAACUAGUAGAAGAUUUUCUUUUUCCUGCAUCAAAAUUGCACUUAGAAUUGGUGCGGGGUGGUCAAAUAGAUGCUGGUGGUAGUACCUGGGGCACUGUUCCAGCACCUGUGUGUCGUUCACCACAAACUGUAGCAGCCGCUUGUGAUUUACUCGUAGCUCUAUGCACUGGCUCAAGUCGGAAUCUUAAAGAAUUAGUUAAUAUGAUGACAAACAUGUUUUAUUCAGAUACUGAACCUUUGCGAGAAUGGGAGUAUACCCCGGUCGGUCCAAGGCCUCCUCAAGGCUUUUGUGGUUUGAAGAAUGCUGGUGCAACUUGCUACAUGAACAGCGUGUUGCAACAGUUGUACAUGGUGCAUACUAUCCGAAGCGGUUUACUCAGCUCCAUGGGGGCAGCAACUGACAACUCGGAAGACUUCAGUGGAGAAGAACGUGAUGACCUUUUAAUUCAAUCGAAUCAACCAGACAAUUCAGAACGAAUAAAUUACCAUGUGGGAAUUCUGAAACAUGUUCAAGCCAUUUUUGCUCAUUUGGCACAUAGUCAUCUUCAAUUCUAUGUACCCCGGGGUCUAUGGAGCCAUUUCAAAUUGCAAGGAGAGCCUGUGAAUCUAAGAGAACAACAAGAUGCUGUUGAAUUUUUUAUGUCUCUUGUAGAAAGUUUAGAUGAGGGUUUAAAAGGAUUAGGACAUCCGCAAUUGAUGGGUGCUACUUUAGGGGGUUCUUAUAGUGAUCAAAAAAUUUGUAGAGAAUGUCCACAUAGGUACUCCAAGGAGGAACCAUUUAGCGUAAUAAGUGUUGAUAUACGUAAUCAUAGUUCACUUGCAGACUCUCUGGAGCAAUAUGUAAAAGGGGAAUUAUUAGAAGGAGCUGAUGCCUACCACUGUGAUAAGUGUGAUAAAAAAGUAGUGACUGUUAAACGUUUGUGUGUUCGUAAACUUCCUCCAGUGUUAGCAAUUCAAUUAAAAAGAUUUGAGUAUGAUUUUGAACGUGUUUGUGCCAUAAAAUUUAAUGAUUAUUUUGAAUUUCCACGAGAAUUGGACAUGGAACCAUACACUGUGUCUGGUCUCGCCCGGGUAGAAGGCGAAGUUAUAGAUGUAGAAUGUGAAGAAAAUGGAAGCUCUACGGAAACUAAAUAUCAUUUAUCAGGAAUAGUUGUACACUCUGGGCAGGCUUCUGGAGGACAUUAUUACAGCUAUAUACUUCACAGAGAAAGUGGAUUAUGGUAUAAAUUUGAUGAUGGUGACGUGACAGAGUGUAAAAUGGACGAAGAUGAAGAAAUGAAAGUACAAUGCUUUGGUGGUGAUUAUAUGGGCGAGAUAUUUGACCAUAUGCUAAAAAGAAUGCAGUACAGACGUCAAAAACGUUGGUGGAAUGCUUACAUGCUUUUCUAUACAAGAUGCGAUCAGCCAAUACCAGUUGUUGAGAAAUGUGUCGAACAGCUAUCACUAGCUGAAAGUGGAAGGGGUAUUUUGAAAAUGCCGCCAGCAAUUGAAAGAAGUGUUAGAAUUCAAAAUAUUAAAUUUUUACACUCAAGAAAUAUGUACUCUGUGGAAUAUUUUACGUUUAUUAGGAAACUUGUUGCCUGUAAUACUCCUAGGGAAAAACUGUCUCCGUCUAUGGAAGAAUUAUCUUUAUUAUCUAUACAACUUGCAACAAGAUUUUUAUUUCACUCUGGUAUAAAAACUAAAAAAUCAUUGCGUGGAUCAGCUUGUGAAUGGUAUGAAGCGAUAUCUCCGCACUUGAGGUACUCUGGUAUGGUGCGGGCCUGGUUUGCGUGGCACGGUCUGCUGGAGUCUCGAUCACGUAUUGCUGAAUAUUUGCUCGCUGCGCCAUCGGCAGAAGUUCGUGGUGCUCUUAUGAAAAUUAUCGUUUUUCUGGCGCACUUCAGUAAAGAAGAUUCACCUUUAACUACUGGUAUGUUAUUAAUAGAAAUAAAAAUAACAUAAUUUUUGGCAAAUGAUUUCACUAUUUGAUUUAUUAAUGUUUUACAUGUUUUGUUAAAUAAAGGUUUAGAAGGAAGUACUCUUAGUGAACAACUAAUAAUCGCAGUUUUGUCUCUACUUCAAACUGAUAUCAGUGAACAUGGAAAGCAUUUGCCUCAUUUUUUUACUUUGUUCCACAUGUACAGUUCUCUAGGCCCACCAGAAAGAAGUCAAUUAUUACAGUUAAAUGUGCCAGCUUUGUUCAUGCAAGUUGCCAUUGAUGAAGGUCCUGGGCCUGCCAUUAAAUACAUGUAUCCUGAAUUUACAAAAUUGCAUCAGGUCGUAGCAAUAUUAGUCAGGUGCUGUGAUGUGUCAAAUAGAACCCACAGUGCCAAUGCUGCGCAAGGUGCAACUGUAUUACCAAAUCCUUAUGGGGAAGUGCCGGAUCCAUUAAUUCCAUUGGAGCCAAUGGCUAGUGAAAUCCUAUUUGGAAGAAAUAGCUAUUUAAAGAAACUUAUAGAAGAUUCUUCUCUUGGGGAUGAUGGUUUGAGAUUAUUACAAUAUUGCAGUUGGGAAAAUCCACAUUUUUCAAGAGCUGUUCUAACCGAGUUACUUUGGCAGGUUGCUUAUGCAUAUUGCCAUGAAUUGAGGCAUAAUACAGAUCUGCUUUUAGGAUUAUUACUUAUAGAAGAUUCAUGGCAGAGCCAUAGAAUACAUAAUGCUAUAAUGGGUGUACAAGAGGAACGAGAAGGGUUGUUAGAUACAAUUCAACGUUCUAAAACACAUUAUCAGAAAAGAGCAUACCAUUGUAUAAAAUGUUUAGUAAAUUUGUUUACGAGAUCACGUGUUGCUUUGGCACUGCUGCAUAGCAAUGCAGAUCUCACUAGGAGGUGGGUUAGUGCCGUAGAAUGGCUGCAUGAUGAACUUGAAAGGAGAUAUCCCAGUUACAAUACAUGGAGUCCUCCAGCACAUAGCAAUGAUUCGAUGAGUGGAUAUUUCUUGGAAAGAUCACCUUCAGCAAGGAAUGUCUUGAAGCGUGCAUUUGAGUUGUGCCCUACUGAGGAUCCUGAAGAUGGAAGUGAGCAUGAAACAGAAGGAAAUGAUGACCAAACUGUAACUUCCACCUCAUCUCCUCACACCAACGUGACAGGUAGCAGUGGAGGCGGCAUGGAAAUAAAUAAUUCAAUUAGUACCGGAAAGGCUGUGAUGGCUACUGCUGGUACAAUACCAUCAGUAACAGUUUCCCUUCAUCCAUUAGUAAUUAUGAAUGUAUCAGAACAUUGGACAAGACGUCGAGCUCAGGAGGGUUCUCCACAACAAGUUAUUGGAGCAUUAAUAGGCAAACAGAAAGGAAGGAAUAUAGAAGUUAUGAACUCAUUUGAACUUAUGUUCACAGUCAUCGAUGAAGAUAUUGUUAUAGAUAGAGAAUAUUAUAAGACUAAAGAAGAACAAUUUAAACAGGUAUUUAGUGAUAUGGAUUUCCUCGGUUGGUACACAACAAAUGAGAGCCCAUCUGAAAAGGAUUUGAAGAUACAUAAACAAAUUUGCGAAAUAAAUGAGUGCCCGAUAAUGUUGCAAUUGAACCCUUUAUCCAGGAACAUGGAUCAACUUCCUAUAUCAUUAUUUGAAUCAAUCAUAGAUUUAGUAGGCGGAGAAGCAACAAUGUUAUUUGUACCACUCACAUACACCUUAGCUACAGAAGAGGCUGAAAGAAUUGGUGUUGAUCACGUAGCUAGAAUGUCUAGUAAUGAAGCAGGAGAAAAUUCAUUGGUUGCUGAGCAUUUGACAGCACAAUACUCUGCAAUUAAGAUGCUGCAUUCAAGAGUACGUCUUGUUCUGGAAUUUAUGAGAGAAGUAGAGAGCGGUAGAAGAACUGCCAGCCAUGAUAUAUUACGAGAUGCUUAUUGCCUAAGCCAUCGACUGCCAGUUCUGCAGAGUGAAUCAUUUAGACAUGAAUUUUAUAAUCAAUGCAAUGAUGUUGGGCUUGUGACUUAUUUGGGAGCGAUUACUAAAGGCACAAAUGACAUAAACCAGCUUGUAAAUAAGUUUAAUAUGUUAUAUGACAGACAAGCAAUGGGCCGGCGAAUGCGAGGGUUAUUUUUCUGA